AUGUCUCAAUCAUUGCCUGUCGAGUACGAAUAUCAGCCAUUACUCGAAUCUGACUCUAUUCGCGUGUUACAACUUCACCCGUCCACGGACCUCAUCUCCUCACCGCAAUGCGACCUUAUCAGUACAAGACUUUGCGAAAUCAAGGAGCCAGAACACUCUUACGCAGCAAUUUCCUACGUCUGGGGCGACGAACGAGACAGCCAUACCAUCUCCAUCGGCUCGCAUCCAUUGACAGUAGGAAGGAACAUCCAUUCCGCACUCCGUCAGAUCCGUCGGCGUGAUCGACCGAUCAGGCUCUGGGUAGAUGCCAUCUGUAUAAAUCAAUUCAAUUUGACAGAACGCAACCAUCAGGUUCAGCACAUGCGUGCCAUCUAUUCUGCCGCGGAGGAGACGAUCAUCUAUCUUGGUGAUCAAGAUGGAGGGAAUACUGGCAUCUCGGCAUGGAACUUCUUGGAGAGGAACAGCAAGUGGGCUAUGAACCAGAACCACGACGUCGAUUACUCUAUCCCAGCUAGAAUGGAACGGAAACUGGAGUUCAGAGGCGAUCUUGACGAUGUUGAGAUAGACGUCUUGGAGCGUCCUUGGUUCAGGAGAGUUUGGGUUUUCCAAGAAGUGGUUGUCUCGCAGAAUGUGACGAUUCAGUGCGGCAGCAGAAAAAUUGCUUGGGACGAAUUCUGCCGGAUACUCCUUCUAAGCCCCAGAUACCACGAUCGAUAUGGCUUCAGUAUCGGUAGGAGUGGAAAGAUUGAUGUCGUUCGCGAUAUGUUUCACGCUCGGUGCAGCUAUCAGGAAGCACAUGGGAUGGGAAGACGGAGGCCUUCCUGGCACGCGAGAGUUGAGAACUACAAAGGUGGAGACUCUAAUAUCCUUAACACUUUGUCACGAGCACGUCAAUUGGAGGCAUUUGAUCCGAGAGAUAAAAUAUAUGCACUACUUGGCGUAUCUAGUGGAGUCGAUUUGGAUGGUGAUCUAAUUGCUGUGGAUUAUCGAAAGUCGUGCUCGCAAGUGUAUCUGGAAUUCACAAAACACGUCAUGGAAACCACUAAGAGCUACGACAUUCUAAGUUAUCUCGACGACUACUCUACCGUUCAAAGUCAUGAAAUCAGACACUCUCAAGAUUCUCGACUGUUUAGUUCCGUUAAGCUUGACGGGUCACCUGGGGACCACCUGUCACGAGAUUACAUCGUCGUGAAGCGUGACCCGCAAGGAAGAAAAGUCGAAUAUCUACCUUCAUGGGUUCCUAAUUGGGAUCGAGGCAAUUGGAACAUUCCAUCUCCUUCGAAGUUCCGUUACACAGGCCGAACAGUACUUAGUAGUCUCGGGCAGGAGACGGAUAUUCAGACAGUACUACGCAAAGAGAUGGUAAGGAGGAGCUGCAUGUGGCCCAGUACCAAAAUCCUCGCUGCAGUCGGCGUCAUUAUUGGAGAAGUCGUUGAGCGCGGUCCGAGUAUUGCGCUCGUAGGCAAUGAUGAGCUUCGCUUCCAAGAUAUAAUAGAUCGACACCAUGAUGAACCAUCGAGGAUGAUUGCAGAGCUCAUCGUACAAUGGCGAAACCUCCUCAAUCAAGGCGAACUUACUCUUGAGCUUGGGAACAUGCUAGAACGACGGCAUCCAAAUCCCCUGUACAAUAUCGCUCGACUCCUCAGUCCCAAACCCAACCCUCCGAGACACUCGGUGGAAUAUCACCUAUUGAAGCGAGGUCGCAAGAGUGUGGCAUGGAAUGACGACAACAACAAAGCAGUAGCUGUGAUUAGAGACCAGAGUUCCAUCGUGGAGACUAAACGAGUAGCAGCAUAUCAACGUUUCGAUGCGAGAAGGGAAAUUGAAUCGGAGGGCCUGGCCUUGGUACCCAGCCGUACAGUCGCAAGUUUGGACGAAAGCAAAUACCUCAUUGUCUAUCUGAGAGGUGCUCGUGUUCCAUUUCUUGUUCACCAGAUUACGAGACAUGUCGAUUUAGAGGAUAAGCAGAAAGUUAGAGAGGGUCUAAGCUCAACAUUUCAGCUUGAGAACUGUACCAUGUUCGGCGAGUGUUUGGUGAACGGAUUUGAUUACAUCGCCAGGGACUGCGAACUGACCUUGAAAGCAGCGGAGGCAUCGGCGGAACUGAGUUCAGGAGAUCUGCCGCCAGCGUGGACCCCAUACAGUAAUGCGAGAGUCUUUCUCAUUUCUUGA